GAGGUGGACGAAGGCCCGCUCGGCUCUUUCCGUGAGCGCUCGGGGGCGGGAUGAUCACUCGGCCACCUGGACAGCGAGGAGAUAGAGAGGUGAAUGAAGCGAGGGCGAUGGCACGUCUCCACACAUAUCCUGGAGGAGAAGGAGCAAGAGGCAAAUAAUGAGUUUCAGAUCACAUUUAUCUGACAACAUGUUUAAUGAAUUGACAACAAAUAUGUCCCAGCCAUCAAAGGGCAAACUGAAAAGGCAGCGGCGAUCCUUCACACAGGUUCUAUCCCGGAAGCUAAGUUAUCGUGAACGAAGGUCGACAGCCGACAUCCCGGUUGACAUUUUAGAUGAUCCUUCUGAGCUCUCAAUCCAGCUUUCUGCGCCGGGCAUACUUAAGAUAUUUGGCAACGAUAUCUGCAAUGGCGCGAACUACAAAAGUGUCCUUGCCACACCACGCUCUAGUGCCCAGGAGUUGGUCAAAGAAGCCCUGGAGCGGUACUCUGUGAGUAAGACGUCUGCCAGAGAGUACCUGCUCUGUGAUGUCAUUGGGAGGUUUGAGGGGCUGGACAAACGCUGGCGAACGGAGUGCCUCCGACCACUGGGGGACAAUGAGAAACCACUUCUCCUUCAGGAUCUUUGGAAGCCUAAGGAGGGGUUUGCCAGAAGAUUUGAGCUCCGCAGGCAGUCUGAGGUGGAGGAAAUGGCUUCCAAGGAGAAAGACACAACAACUGCAGAUAUUAACGCUCAAGCACGGAAACUUCAGCGACACCGUGCAAAAGGCAAAGACUUAACCAUGUCUGACUACAGGCACAAAUUACCACCUCUCCGGCAAAGUGUGAGUGAGACGAGCAUCGCUGCCAUUGGGAACCAAGAGGAGGAGCAGCAGAGACUUUACUUCACAUUGCCCGGGCAGUCUGGAAAGAAGAAGAAUAGUCAAUGCAAAAGCGGGAAACUGUACAGCAGAAGCAGCAAAGAGAAGCAAGAAACCAGCCUUCAUGACGGUUACUCUAACGCAGGCUACCAGGCCCCUCAUCUUCUGCUUCUGCAGGGGUAUAACCAACAAAGUGAUUGUUUGGUGUAUCCUCUGGAGCGUGAGAAGCAAAUAGUAGGACAAGAAACUGCGUUGACAAAGCCCAACAUUUGCUUAUCGUCGCCCGACAUCCUUUCUCUGCACUGCAAAAUCAAAAGGUUUAAACAAUCAAAAAAGCAAAGUUGCCACCUUGAAGAAAAGACCAUCGUGGAGUCAUUUCCAAAUGCCUUCACGAUCGUAAACUGUGUACCAGUGGAUGGACCAGCGGAACUGAGGCAUGGCGAUCUGAUUGGUUUUGGACAACAUUAUAUUUUUCUCUUCAAAGAUCCUUUAGCUGCUAAACAGCUGCCAGCUCAAACCUUUUCAAUGCUGAGACAUUUGCAGUGUUUUGCUGGCCACAGAAGUAGCCGGAGAAUUCCUGUUUGCAAAACAUGUGGCUCCAUUGUUAAAAACUGCUCGGCAAACGUGCAAAGAAAUGCCAUCUCGGCUGCAAACAUAGACACCACUGUUCAAAAAAGGAAGCUGCAUCUGGAAUAUGAAAGGGCCUUUGAAGAUGUGCUGAUUGAUAAAAUCUUGACUCUUAUCGAACCUGGUGGAGAUGACCAUAAGCUAACUCCAGCCUGCCUGCUCUGUCUGUGUAUUCAGCAUUCAGCUGCUACCUUCCAGUCAGGUGAUUUCAUGAGGCUCCUUCUGAAGAUUGUGCAUAGAAUGCAAGGAAUAGCAUGGGGGAAAACCAAAGAAUUGGCUGAAAAGCAUUCUCAACAACAGGAUACAUUUUCGCAACCUCUGGUCAGAAUUACAGACCUGGUUCCAGACCUGCAACAUAUUUUCUUCUGGAUGUCCAAUUCCAUUGAGCUGCUUUACUUCAUCCAGCAGAAGGUUCCAGGAUAUAUACAGGGAUUUGAGGAUCUGAAAGCACAAGGUUCCAAAGAAUCAUUGCUCUCAUCCACAAUUUCACUCAAUGAAGAAGUUAUGACUAUUUUGGAAGAAUUGAUCAUGCAUUCAUUCCAGCAAUGUGUGUACUACAUCACAAAGUCGCUGUACGUUGCACUUCCUGCCUUCUUGGACUGCAAUCCCUUCCAGACGGAGAGGGGACAUUCCUGGAUGAAUGUGUCUCCUGUCCCAGAGGCAGUUCGUAACAUCAUGCAGAUAUACAAGACCACCCUGGACCUCCUCCACCAGUAUGAGAUUCACCCAGAAAUCACAACACAAAUGUUUGCUUACCUUUUCUUUUUCUCCAAUGCCUCCCUCUUCAAUCUGCUGAUGGAUAGGGGUUCAAGGCACCGUUUUUUCCACUGGUCAAAAGGGGAACAGAUGCAAGGCAGUCUCCGCCUGUUGUUGGACUGGAUACAAAAUGAAGGAAUAGGGAACAUCGCAGAUGAAUUUUUUUUCAAAUUCAGCAGUGCUAUAAAGCUUCUGGCUAUACCGGCCUCUAUUCUCAUGCAGUGCAGCUUGAGUAGUCUCCAGAGAGAGUUCCAUGCCUUAACCCCAUCGCAACUCCUUCACAUAUUAACACACCACCAAGUGGCACCUGGUGUGGACCCUGUAGCAGCAUUGCAACCAAGUGCUGAAGAGGGGGAAACAUUGCACAAAACAGAGGACAUUCUGCUGAGUUUUCAUAGGUAUCCUCCUCUGGUGCUGCCCACCAGUAAUUUUAAGGUGGAUCUGGAUGCAGAGACUGUGGAGGACAACUUGUACAGGCACCUGUUGUAUAUACGCCACUUUCUUUGGAGUCUGCGCACCAAGUUCCAGUCAAACAAUGGAUGUUCUAUAAGCAAGGAACUACAGGCUGAAUCUCCAGUUUACUACAAUUGUCAUGAGAUUUCAUCGGACAACUUAGCCACAUUUUCCAAUCUCAAGAUAUUAGAUCAACAAUCAGGCCAAAACAAUCACCUCAGUAAUAAUCUUGAUGCAGAAAUAGAUGGAACUAGGUUGAGCACUGCUUGGGUCGGUGGAUCGAAUGGUGAUUUCAGUACCUGCCACAAACAGCACAACCUGCAUCCACGGACUGCCCAGGGGAGGCACAGAGGCCCUGGGCAAAAUGUGCAACCAUCUAACCCUUCCUGCCUCUUAACUCCUCCAAAUACACCAUUGAAUGUUGACCAUGUACAGACAAAUGGAGAUAGUAGGCUUGCAUCAAACUCACAGAGAAACGGCCACCACAGAAGCAGAGCCAACGAGGGAGAAGGAAGAGUAACAGCAACAUAUGAUCUACCGACUCCAACGUCUUCGAGCCUGAGCUCUGGAGAUGAUGAUCUCUGUUGCGUAUAUGUUGUGGAGCUGCCGCGGGGACCUGUUGGUUUAGGGAUGGGACUGAUCGAUGGACUGCAUACAACCUUAAAAUCGCCCGGCAUUUACAUCAGAACCCUUCUGCCUGACAGCCCGGCAGCCUCUGAUGGGAGACUGGGAAUCGGGGACAGGAUCCUGGCAGUAAAUGGAACCAGCUUAAUUGGGGCAGAUUAUGACAGUGCAGUGAGCCUGAUUCGCUCAGCAGGCGAGAGACCACGAUUCCUCAUUGCCAAGUCAGACUUCCUCAUUGCUGAGAAGAUCAGUGCUUCGUCCUGUUAGUUCUCAGGUAUUGGACAUUACCUCAUCAUCCUUUCAUGUUUCAGUGAUACGUGGUUGACAAAUGGCAGUGAAUUGUAUUGUAGCUGUUCCCCUGCUUUCCCUCCUAGGAUGUUACGUUUAUACAAAGUAAUUUUUGUCCAAAUAUGAUUUAAAAACCAGCAACCACAAAAGGCUCAAAAUCACCUCAAAUCAUGAAGAGAUUAUUUUUUUAAAUACCACAUAUGAAAAUUUAAGUGGUGUCCUAAUUAUACCAAUGCUCUCCAUCUGAUAAUUGUAAAAUGGAGGUUAGUAAAGGCCAAGCAAAUGUCACACGUGUGAUCAGAGAUUCCAUUUAGUUUUAAUGUUACUCGAGAUCUAACUGGAUGCAGUUUAAACUUUGAUUCCCGAGUUCUGCCGAAGAGAAAUUAAGAUUUAAACUAAUAAAGGUCAUGUGAUUGGAGCAGAAGUGGGCCAUUCGGCCCAUCAAAUCUCCACCAUUCAAUCAUGGCUCUUCUACCUCUCGCUCCUAACCCUAUUCUCCUGGCUUCUCCCCAUAACCCCUGACACCCGCGCUAAUCAAGAAUUUAUCUAUCUGCUGUAAAAAUAUCCAUUCACUUGGCCUCGACAGCCUUCUGUGGCAAGAAACGAAGGAAAAAUUAACUCUGACAAUAAGAGUUGUAGACCAUGCCCCUUAAGGCUACACUAGUAUCAGCUGGGCUCGGGAAUGCAUUCUGAUUUCAAUCAGAGGGUUGUGGAUUUCUGCCCAUUGUUGGAUUUGCAUAGACGAGGCUGAUAGCUGGGUCCAUUAAAUAUAGCACAUCAUUCAGCAAAGUGUCUUUCAGUUAGCUACCCAUUCUACACUGCUGCACUAAUUUAAUAUUCCCCAAGGACCUCGAACAAUUACUGUUUUAAAAAUCUAGGAACCAGUUCAAGAAAGUAUUUUCCUACAUUUGUAAAUGUCGGUCAAUUUUAGUACAAGUAUCCUGACAAAAUCCAAAGUUGAAUAAAGUUGGGACUGACUGGAAUCUGGUUUCACCAGGAACUUUCUCCAUCAUAGCAAUUGGUUCAGGUGCCCAAUCCAUGCUGUGCUGAUCAAUGAAACCAAAUCUUCAAUUAUUAUGUAAAUUAAUAUGUUAGACCAAAGAUAUAUUUAAAAAUUGCUGCUUUAAGAACCUCUUAAAUAUUAGGCAAAUGAGCCUGGCUGCUUGGGUUAUAUCUUUGAUUGGUGUAAUAUUUGCAUGUAAUCUAUAGGGUUUUACUGAUGUAGGAGCAAAUCCCUAUCAAUACUCUAACGGAG